AUGGCCGCCCCAGCAGAUAUCAACAUCAAGAACCUCAGCGGAGAGUGGGAGAUGCAAGGGAUGGGCUGGGUCAUGCGCAAGACCCUCUCCUACGCCACAGUGACCAUCUACAUCCACGAGUACCCAGAUAGCGAGAAGCCAGAAAUCUACCAUGUCGACGGACAGCAGGUGAUUACCGGCGGAAUCCAAGGUACCAAGGAGUGCCGUACGCUGGACUGGACGGAGCGCGAGCACGUCGACCACAUCUUCGGCAAGUUGAACGGCCGCUCGCGCCAUUUCACCGGCAUCAAUGCUCUUGAGGUCCAGACUUCUGUUGGCAAGCCCGAGGCUGAUGCUAAGGUGGUGAAGUUCCUUACUGGUGAGAUUCUUGUUGAUGGGUCUAAGAGUGACGGGUUUGCUGUUGAUGAGGAGGCGGUGUUUAUGCAGAGCUUUGUGAGAAAUCAGGAGUCUGGGUGGACUGCUGAGCAGGUUUGGGGCUUUGAGAUUGUUGAGGGCGAGAGACGCCAUACUCGUCGUGUUGUUGUUACUAAGGAUGGUAAGGUGGAGAUGGCUAGACUUGUUUAUUCUUUCAAGGCUCGUCGGGCUGAGGAGUGA